AUGGCUCAAAGACACUUUCGCUUCCUUAUCGAAGACGAUCCGAACCGAAACGACGACGAAGACGACGAGGAAGAGGAAGAGGAGCACGACGACGACGUGAUUCAGGUGGACGACAGUCCCGAUGAGGACGACGCCAACAUCGAAGACGACAAUGACGACGGCGCGUCGGAUGCGGGAACGGUGAAUUCAGUGCAGGACGACGCCAAUCACGGGUACAAUCGCAACCCGGUCAAUCCGUACCCGUUCGCCGUGGAAGUGUUCGACGAGGAUGCGAUGACCUGGGAGUCACGCUCCACAAUCAGCGAAGGCGAUUUGGAGCCGGAGACGGACGAGUGGUAUCCGCUGAACAAAAGGGUCACCCAGCUACCGAACUUUGCUCUUCCGACCACAACGUAAGGGAGUUGGAAUUGCCUCAAUUAGUCCGUGUAAUCGAUUAUCCAUUUCAGACGCAUGGCACUGUGCACUCUCCAGCAGAUCCUCGCCGACUCUGCCAACCAUGAGCCGUUCUUGGAGGAAACUACGGUCAUGGAAAGCACGAGAGCACGGGAGCACGCGCGUUUGGGCAUUUCGCAGAACACGGACAACACGAGAGUCGAGCCGAUGAAUUACGUAAAGUACGAAAUCGAAAAAGAGGAAGAAUUCGACGCCGACUUCAUGCGUCCGAACCCGAAUCGUCAGGAAAUGUGCCAGAUUGCUCUCGACUACUUCAUCCAUCACGGACACGCGGAAGUCAUUGAAACGUUCUGCAAGGAGACUGGACUCGUGAAGCCGGAGGAUGAAAUCAAAGAGAUGAACAUCCGCAACGAGAUCCGCGAGAUCAUUCUGCAGGGAAAUAUGGAGUUGGCGAUCGAGAAGAUCGAGGCCAUCUCGGAGAAUCUUUUGAAAGACGAGGGCGUCAAUUUCGAGGUGCGCAAGCAGCACAUCAUCGAGAUGAUCCGCGCGAAACAGGAGAUGGAGCCGGUGAUGUACUUCCGCGAGAAACUGAUGAUCGACGGGAAACGGCCGAUCGACGAGCGCAUGGAGAUUAUCGAACGGAUCUUUUGUCUGCUCGUAUACCAGGAGGAGGAUGAGCACAACGAGUUCAAAUGCUAUUACGAUCAAGCCGAGCGAGAGAAGGUGCUUUGCUGAGAAAUUAAUUUUUUUUUUUAACUUUAUCGAUUUUCAGACCGCCUACGCAGUGAACAAGGCUCUUUUGGGAGCGAUGGGAAGGCCCAAGUCGUCGCGAGUCGAGAUGCUCGCCAAGGCGAUGGCCUACGCCAAAACCGAGAUGGAAAAUUCGGGAACGCUUUUGCCGCCGGCCGACCCGAAGACGACCACCAAGGAAUGGGCAGCCAAAUUCUUUGGCGAGCCCUACGGAUUGUAAGUGUCUAACAUUUUUUUCAAAAAAUGCUUUGCCAAGUAAAUCGCGAGAAGACCAGUCGCCUAGCAAACGGUGCUCAUGUCAAGAAGUUCAUAACUUUUCAGAACAAAAAAUCGCGCUUGACACUCCGUGUUAUCGGAAUUCCAAUCCGGCCUAAAAAUGUGUUUCAAUAAUUUCACCCCCGCAUUAUUGCAGCCAAGAAAUGAUCGAUUUGGCCGCAAAGGAACCGUUGGACCUCACUCAGGACUUUUGCUGA